CCAAACGCAGAAACUGUGAUUCACGCUCACGUGCUGUGUUGUUGUGCUGUGUUUGUCUAAACCACUCUAGACCUAGUUAACAGACGAUCAGAGCACAUCUGCUCUUCUGACGCUUGCACUCAACGUUUAAUUAGCAAACGUUUUAAACUGUUGUUGUUGGAAACUGUUCAGCUGAAAUGCCUCUUACAAUAUUUGAGGUGUUUCUUUUCUUCUGUUUGUGCUCUUGGAGUCCGGCUGGUGUGUUUGGUGAUGAAGUGAAGUCAGUGUCAGUGACGGAGGGAGAUUCUGUCUCUCUACACACAGAUUAUACUGAUACACUGAGAAAAGGUUCAAUUGAGUGGAAAUUUGGACCUAAAGACAUUCUCAUCGCUCAAAUCAACAGAAAGGACAAUGUCUCAACAAUAUUUAAUGACAGUGCUGGUGGGAGAUUCAGAGACAGACUGAAGCUGGAUCAGACUGGAUCUCUGAUCAUCACAAACACCAGAACCACAGACUCUGGACUUUAUAAAGUAUUCAGCAGCAGAAGAGAGACACCGCUCGACAUCUUCAAUCUCACUGUCUACGCCCCUCUCUCCACUCCUAACAUCAUCAGAGACUCUUUAUCUGUUCAGAACUCAUCAUCUUCAUCAGGACCAGCAUCCAGCUGUGUGUUUCUGUGUUCAGUGGUGAAUGUGGAUCAUGUGACUCUCUCCUGGUACAAAGGAAACAGUUUAUUGUCCAGCAUCAGUGUGUCUGAUCUCAGCAGAAGUCUUUCUUUACAUCUGGAGUGUCUGGAUGAUUUCUACAGCUGUGUGGUGAACAAUCCCAUCAGAAACCAGACCACACAUCUCAACACUCAACUCUGUCAGACAUGUUCAGACUCUGUAUCUCUGAUAGUGUGGAUCUCUGCUGCUGGUGGUUUUCUGUUGAUUGUAACUACAGUCGGGAUCUUCUGCAUCUGCAGGAAAUACAGAAGAACAGACAAAUAAUUUCAGACCCAUGACAGUGAGAUCACUUACGCUGAAUAUACUGCACUUUCUUCACAUAGUAAUGUACAUUUAACAGUAAAACAGAUGUUUGAGCUUUAGGAUGAAGUAAAGUUGAUUAAAUCUUGAUGCAUGUU